AUGGCUAAUAAGUUUAUAGCAUAUAUAAGGGAAUAUUGUGAGAAUUGUACAAUAGCUGGAUUGGGUUAUAUAGCAAAUAGAAAUCUACACUUUACCGAACGGAUUUUUUGGUUAACUUGUUUGAUUCUUUCGUCAUGGGGAGCCUAUUAUUUGAUAAAUGAUUUUAAAUUAGAAUUUGAGAAUAAACCAGUUAGUAUAGUCUAUGAAUCACUUUCCCCGAUGCGACAUUUUCAUUUUCCUUCUUUAUGCGUUUGCGAAGCUCAAAAUAUUGGAGCAUAUGGUGACGACUUGGAGGCAUAUGUUAACUCUUUGGGAACUGGCUUUGAUGGUGAAUACAAUGAUAAUGUCGAAAAGUUUCUAUCAAUUUUUCUGUAUCCGGAAGAUUAUUAUCAUUCUGUUAUGAAUACAUGUGAAGAAUUAGAAGAAUGCGAAGAAUGCAGUCAAUGUCCAGAAAGUGGUUAUAGAGACGUUAUGGAGAAACUGGCUGUGAAUUGUAGCGCUUACUUCGUUAAAUGCAAAAUUGCAGAUAGAGUUUUUGAUUGCUGCCAAUAUUUUCUUCAAAUUUUUACUCCAUUUGGAAAUUGUUUCUUGAUGAACUCUUUGCAGAAUAAUCAUCGAGGCAGUAAAAAUUGGCUUCACACCGCUAUAGAUCCAGUGGAUGAUACUGCAGAAAUGAAAAUAUUCACUCAACGACCAAUGAAGGUAAUGAUAGUAAACGAAGAGGAUAUACCACAUCGUGCUGUUCAAAGUGUAUCAGUGUCGCUUAAAGAACCUGGUAUGAAAAAGGAUUUUUAUAUUUAUGUAGAGAAUAUGGUUAACGACCCAGAAGUACGUGAUGUAUCCAUUAAAUACCGGAAGUGUCGUUUUCCUGAUGAAACUUUACCUAAUACAUUAUAUCGAGUUUAUAGUUUUAGUGCUUGUCUAUCAGACUGUUUGAGAUUUCGUCAGCUAUACUCUUGUAAUUGUACUUUGCCACAUUUAUUACCAGGAGACAAUAAAAAUAUACCGGAAUGUACUCUAAAAGGCGUACGCUGUUUACAUGAGAAAUCACUGAUAAAUCCUGAUAUUGGAUCUGUACUAAAUUGGACAAGUGAAGAUGAAAGCACUAAAUGUGAAUGUUUACCUUCAUGCACGGAGGACGAUUUUCAAGCUGUUUAUGAGAAAUAUUAUAAUACACAUAAUGCUGAUGGUUCAAUUAGCGUGACUAUAAAAGUACCAAAUUUGCCAACUCAGAGAUAUCGUCGACAAUCGUUGCGUACUAAACUUGAUGUAGUAGUGAAUAUUGGUGGUGUGCUUGGAUUGUUCAUGGGAGUAAGCAUACUCAGUGCUUUGGAAUUGCUGUAUUACUUUACACUUCGAAUAUUCAAUAAC